CUAUGCUCGUGCCGGGCGCGUCCGCAUUGAGCCUGUGCGCGCGGCCGUUGCGGUCACAUUACGGACACGUGACAUUGUGUAUCAGCUGUUCACGCAGGAUCGUUUGACCGGGACGCGCUCUGCUGUGUGGGAGACGGACUGAAAGAUGGACAUCCGCGGGGCCGUGGACGCUGCAGUGCCCACCAACAUCAUCGAUGCCAAGGCGGCCGAGGUCCGAGCCAACCUGGUCAACUGGCAGUCAUACCUUCAGAGUCAGAUGAUCUCUGUGGAGGACUGCGAGUUCAUCAAGAAGUUUGAGGUGGCCAACUCUGAAGACAAACAGGCCAUUCUGACCAAAGAAGGACAUCAGUGUGCGAAGACCUUCCUGAACCUGAUGGCCCAUAUCUCCAAGGAGCAGACCGUGCAGUACAUUCUGACUCUGAUCGACGACACGCUGCAGGAGAACCAUCAGAGGGUCAACAUCUUCUUCGACUAUGCCAAAAAGACUAAGAACACCGCCUGGUCCUACUUCCUGCCCAUGCUGAAUCGGCAGGACCUGUUCACUGUCCACAUGGCGGCGAGGAUCAUUGCUAAGCUGGCUGCCUGGGGUCGUGACCUGAUGGAGGGAAGUGAUCUGAACUACUACUUCAACUGGAUCAAGAGCCAGCUCAGCUCACAGAAUCUACAUGGUACAGGUCCAGAGUCAGGCACAGGAGCAGGCACUAUUUCCCCCAGUGAAAGCUCCCAGUACGUCCAGUGCGUGGCGGGCUGUCUUCAGCUCAUGCUCAAAGUCAACGAAUACCGGUUCGCCUGGGUGGAGGCUGAUGGCGUCAACUGCAUCACCGCUGUGCUCAGCAACAAGUGCGGCUUCCAGCUCCAGUACCAGAUGAUCUUCUGCGUGUGGCUGCUGGCCUUCAGCCCUCAGCUGUGUGAGCAGCUGCGACGCUACAACGUGGUGCCGGCGCUCUCCGACAUCCUGCAGGAGUCCGUCAAAGAGAAGGUCACCCGGAUCAUCCUGGCUGCCUACAGGAACCUUCUGGAGAAGUCUGCAGAGAGGGAGACCCGUCAGGAGUACGCUCUGGCCAUGAUUCAGUGCAAGGUGCUGAAGCAGCUGGAGAACCUGGACCAGCAGAAGUACGACGACGAGGACAUCACAGAGGACAUUAAGUUCCUGCUGGAGAGGCUGGGGGAGAGCGUCCAGGACCUCAGCUCCUUUGAUGAGUACAGCUCCGAGCUGAAGUCCGGCCGCCUGGAGUGGAGUCCCGUUCACAAGUCUGAGAAGUUCUGGAGGGAGAACGCCGUGCGCCUCAACGAGAAGAACUACGAGCUCCUCAAGAUCCUGACCCGGCUGCUGGAAGUGUCCGACGAUCCUCAGGUCAUCGCCGUAGCAGCUCACGACGUUGGAGAGUAUGUCCGUCAUUACCCCCGCGGGAAACGGGUGAUUGAGCAGCUGGGUGGUAAACAGCUGGUGAUGAAUCACAUGCACCACGAGGACCAGCUGGUCCGGUACAACGCCCUGCUGGCUGUGCAGAAGCUGAUGGUCCACAACUGGGAGUACCUGGGCAGACAGCUGCAGUCCAGCGACCAGCAGCAGGACCCGGCUGCAGCUCCCAGGACCUGAACACACCAGUGUGUGAACACCUGAAGGAUCGUCUUCAGCUUCCGUCAUGAAUUCCAGUCUCUGCUCUGUGUUACUUGAACCUGACUGUGAUCUCUGUGCUUCUCCAGCUAUCUGAUGUUUGUGAUUGACGUCGUGCUUUGUGUUUGUGUAAAUGUACAAAACUGAAAGAUAUUUAAGUGAAACCAGUGAAACGCUGUAAGAAUUCUAAUAAAGACGCUGAUCUGUGA